AUCAGCUCGGCGCCCAUGAGACCAAUGGGAAGGUCUUGCGAUGGGGCUGCUCUUAUGCUUGUGAUGUUUAGAUCUAGAUUCCGCGUUCCUGCAGCUCGGUAUAGCUGGAUUCGGGAUAGGCGUCCACUUUUCAUAUCCGCGUGUUGAUGCGUACGAACGAAAGUAUAUAAUGUGACAAUGCUCCCCUCUCUAUUCUAACGAAGGCCCAGAGCCGUGGUGUAUUUCGGUCUCAAGUACACUGAAGUUGCCAGGAGGGCUCCUAUCACAAUGAAGACCACCACUACGCUCCUCGGGUGGCUCGCGGCCUCCCUAUUUGCAGUCACUGGCGUUUCUGGGCAGUCGAUCGCUCAGAUCAACGGUGAUCGCUUCUUAUCGCCGUUCAACGGCCACAACGUCACUAACGUCACGGGAACCGUAACGGCGAAGGGUCCUGACGGAAUCUGGCUACGAUCCAUCGAGUCAAGUUUCAAUAGGCGCAUCUCAGAUGGCUUGUACGUAUACGGCUCGGCGCUCGCCAAGAACACCAGCAUUACUGUUGGCGAUGUCCUGGUCGUCGACGGGAAGGUCAGCGAGUACCGCUCUAACAAGGACUACUUGUACAUGACGGAGCUUGCAUCACCAAAGGUCGGAGCUAUCCUAGAACGGGGCAGGAAAGUUGAGCCGAUCGUGAUUGGCAAGGGGGCGCCCAGUCCGCCGACGAAACAGUAUUCCGGCCUCGACAAGGGCGAUGUGUUUGCCGUGCCGAAUAACCAGAGCUUGAUCUCCGUCGAGAACCCCCUACUGGAGCCGGAGUCGUACGGCUUGGACUUCUGGGAGAGUAUGAUGGGUGAGCUGGUUACUAUCGAGAGCCCGCGUGCAGUUGGACGGCCUAAUCAGUAUGGUGAUAUAUGGGUUGUUGGAAACUGGGAUACAACGGGCGAUAAUGGCCGUACGGGUCUUACCGUCUCUGCUGCGGACGGUAAUCCAGAGGCUAUUAUCAUCGGCAGUCCGCUUGACGGAUCUAAGAACCCGACGGACACAAAGCUAGGCGACAAACUCCAAACCAUUACCGGCGUCGUCUACCAAGCUUUCGGGUUUUAUCGUAUCCUACCACUAACAAACAUAAGCGUCGUCGAGUCUCUCGCCCCUGAAGUAGCCCCCCCAACUUCAAUAGUGAGCGAAGGGACGUGCAAGGGCAUCACCGUAGGCGGCUACAACAUCGAGAACUUCUACGCUGGCGACGCCGCACACGUCCAAGCUGUUGCGAAGCACAUUGUUCAAUCCAUGCGCACGCCGGAUCUACUAGCGGUCCAGGAGAUCCAAGACGACAGCGGCGAGACAGACGACGGCACCGUGAGCUCUGACGAAACCCUCACGGCACUGGCGACAGCUAUCCAGGCCCUUAGCACCACCAACGUCACUUACAAAUACACCUACAUCAGCCCGCUAAACAACAGAUCCGGCGGCGCUCCCGGCGGAAACAUCCGCGUCGCAUACCUGUACCGAGCAGACCGCCUGCGGCUCCGGAACCCGAGCCCAGGCAACGCCACCACGGCCAACGAGGUGCUGCCCGGCCCCGAACUCAAGUUCAACCCAGGCUACAUCGACCCGUCGAACGCGGCCUGGACCAACAGCCGGAAGCCUCUAGCAGCGGCAUGGGAGCUCGUGGGUAGCAGCAGCAGCAACAGCAGCGCAAGCAAGACGCUAUUCACGGUGAACGUGCACUGGGGCUCCAAGGGCGGCAGCUCCUCGCUCCACGGCGACGCCCGACCGCCUGUCAACGGGGGCGUGGAGGACAGGUUGGCGCAGGCCGAAGCUACUGCUGUGAGUUUUGCGAACCCCCUAUCCAUAAUAUCUACCUACCUACCUACCCAUCCAUCCAAAAACCCAUCCAUCCAAAAAGAAGAAGAAACUCCACCACUAACACCAACCAACCAACCCCUACACAGUCCUUCAUCGCAGCCAUCCUCGCCCAAGACCCCUCCGCAGCCAUAGUAACGCUCGGCGACUUCAACGAGUUCGCCUUCGCAUCCCCCGUCGCCGCGUUCGCGACCCGGUCGGGCCUGGCAGACCUCGACGAUGCGGCGGGCGUCCCGCCCGCGGAGCGGUACACGUACCUGUUCGACAUGAACUCGCAGGAGCUGGACCACGUCUUCGUCAGCCCGGCGCUGGCGGCGGGGGCGGG